GCCAUCUUGGCAGAGAUGGGCUCAGAAACAUAGACUUCCACUCACCAAGGCUGACCUGGCUACAGCUCCUUCUGGGUGCUAGAUUUACCAACAGCAGAGACCAACACUGAGCCUUAGAUACGGGGCCAUUCCUCAGGGUGACCAGUCAACAGCCACUUCUUCCAUGGAAAGAGCAAUGCUUUUUCCUUACUGGAGUAGAUAUUGAUUCUGGUUAUAGAUUUGCCUUUCCUGCACAUAAUGCUUCUGCCAAAACCCACCAUCCUUGGACUUACUGUAUGCCUUAUUCACAGGCAGUAUUCCACACAGUACUGCUUCUAUCCAAGGAAGUGACUUCACAGCCACAGAAAUGUAACAGUGGGCCCACAGUCACGGGAUUCACUGGUCGUACCAUGUCCCCUACCAUCCUAAAGCAGCUGGCCUGAGAGAAAGAUGGGAUGGCACAGUUACAGAACCAAUUAGACGGCGGCAGCAUGGAAGACUGGGCCAUCAGUACAGCUGUCAUCUUUGGUCAACGAAGUUUCUGUUACUGCAGAGACUCAACCGGUAGACGUGUUCCUGAAUGCCCAGCCCGAAUGGUACAUCUAUACAUCCUAUAUCCAAGCCUCAGGGGACACCCUGGAAGAGGGAGGCGGAAGGAUGGUAAGAGGUGAAACGUUGUAGAAAGCGAUCAGCACUGAUUAUGGGAUGGGGGAGGGGCUCCCUGCCACCAGUGGAUUUAUAGACAGUUGACAGAUGCGAGGGAAGUAAGGUUCACGAGCUCCCAUCCUCCAGCUUUUGGAGGCAGUUAACAGUUGCUAGGCAGAGACAUUUUUUUUAUUCAGUGGCACAGGCCAUGCUCUUGUGUUAUUAAACUCAUUAGUUCAUCAACCGAGACUUGGUCGGAAUUGUUUCCUCGGUCUGUUGAAUAGAAGUUUGUUCCUCUCACCAGAAAAAGUUGAUGCAAGUGGGGAAAGCAAGAUACAGAGUCGGGCAGACAAUAAUGCUCUCUUCUGGGUUAAGGGGAAUUGUGCCUGUGUUCACACACAUUACCGUGAAGAAACACUAGAAAGUAUCACCCGGUACCUCAGGCGCCAAUGCCUUCUACUGUGAUUAGCACGAGAGUAAGUACACGUGAAGGAAAAAGGGUGGGGGGGACAUAAGCACCCAGACACUACAAAACCAAACCCCUCAGAUGUGAUUUCCAACCUAAAAAUAUAGCCGAACGUGGUAAUAUGAGCACGCGGGAGGCUGAGGCAGGGGAACUGGCGGAGCACUGCCAGAACUACAAAAAAGUCGAGAGGAUGAAUGUCAAUGAGCUGGCCCAGGUGAGGUUCAUAAUCCCAGCACGUGGCCCAAAAGCAGGAAAAUAAGCAAGCUCACUUCACAAAUGAACAUCAUGGAACUGGAGAGCGAGGGCUUGAGAGGACCCAAGUUGGAUUCCCAGCAUCCACAUGGAGGUUCACACCGACUCUAGGCCCAUACAAUGUACAUGAUCCACAGGCAUACACAUAAAAUAAUUUUAAAAAAUAAAUGAACGUCACGAGAAGGAAGUGAAGAAACGGUUCCAGAUGACUAAAGACCUAAGAAAUCCAGACAAUGGCUGCAGGGAGGCUCAGGCAGAGGAGCGGGAUGUGUCUAAGGAGCGUUCUGGGGAGCAUCCUGCCCCCAUCCCCGAGCCCCCCUCCACACCCGGCGGCCGCGCAGCCGCGCAGCUUUCCCGGUUCCGCCUCCGCCAAUCUGGACCCUCCUCGCGUUCCGUUCGUGCGUGCGAGCCGGCGCCGAGCUGGUUGGGCCGCGGAGGGCGGAUGGCGGACUCGCAGGCGUUCUGCGUGGCCGAGGAGCGCAGCGGCCACUGCGCCGUGGUGGACGGACACUUCCUCUACGUGUGGGGGGGCUACGUGUCUAUUGAAGACAAUGAGGUGUACUUGCCGAGCGAUGAACUUUGGACCUACGACAUUGACAGCGGGCUGUGGAAAAUGCACCUGAUGGAAGGAGCGCUCCCCACCUCCAUGUCGGGAAGCUGUGGGGCUUGCGUCAACGGCAGGCUGUACGUUUUUGGCGGCUAUGACGACAAAGGCUACAGCAACCGACUCUAUUUUGUCAACUUACGAACAAGAGAUGGAACUUAUAUCUGGGAAAAGGUCACCAAGUUUGAUGGACAACCACCCACACCACGUGACAAACUUUCCUGCUGGGUGUUUAAAGACAGAUUAAUAUAUUUUGGUGGUUAUGGGUACAGGAGGCACAAUGAACUUCAAGACUGUUUUGAUGUACAUGAUGCAUCUUGGGAAGAGCAGAUAUUCUGGGGGUGGCACAAUGAUGUCCAUGUGUUUGACACAAAGACAAGGGCUUGGUCUCAGCCUGAAAUUAAAGGUGGAGUUCCGCCACAGCCACGAGCCGCGCAUUCAUGUGCAGUUCUGGGAAAUAAAGGGUAUAUCUUUGGUGGACGCGUUUUGCAAACUAGGAUGAAUGACCUACACUGUCUAAACCUGGACACCUGGACUUGGUCUGGCAGAAUUUCUGUUAAUGGAGAAAGCCCCAAACAUCGGUCAUGGCACACGCUGACAGCAAUCGCUGAUGAUAAGCUUUUCCUAUUUGGUGGUCUAAGUGCAGAUAAUGUUCCGCUGAGUGAUUGCUGGAUUCACAAUAUCACAACAAACUGUUGGAAACAGCUGAGACAUUUACCGUACACCAGGCCCAGGUUGUGGCACACGGCCUGUUUGGGGAAAGAAAAUGAAAUAAUGGUCUUUGGCGGGAGCAAAGAUAACUUGCUUUUCUUGGAUACAGGUCACUGUAACGAUUUAUUGAUCUUUCAAACACAGCCCUAUUCACUGCUCAGGUCAUGUCUUGACUGCAUUGGGAAAAAUGCUAUCAUUUUAAAAAGUCAGAUCUCUUUAUUACCUCCUAAACUUCUGCAGCAAGUUCUCAAAAAAAUAACAUUUUGGACUGCAGCCAAUUACCGAAAAGAGCAAAGAGUCCUAAAAGAAGAAACAGAAAAUAAGCCGCAGCGGGUCAGUGGCCACUGAACUGCUCUAAGUCCCGUGUGUCAGCGCGGUUCAGUCAGACUGCACGUUUGACCUCCCCUCCAGCCGCAGGUUCUACUUAAAGGAUAAAAUCUGAAACAAAUGUUUUGCUAAUGUGAUUACAUGAUAUGGGAUAUAUGGAAAUAAGAUGUAAUUGAAGAUUUAUCUGUGUAUUUCUAAAAUGAUUUACUUGUAAAAGAUUACAUGUUCUUUCUGGAAAUAAGUACAGUAGUAACAGUUCUUAACUCGGUGUGUGCUUUUCUGGAAACAUGUCCAUUUGAAAAACAAAUUACCCUAAAAUCUCCAAAAAUUCUGGAUGUAGAAAUGUGGAUGUAGAUAUAAAAAUACUGAUUAAUUACCAUUACUUUAAGAGCACCCAAGUGUCUCCUUAAAUAUCAUCAGAGCUUUCCAUUCACCUGCCGAGCAGGGGAGCUUGUCUAGAUAGUUCUGUCUGCACCGCCCAGGACCGGCUGACUGGAGGUUGGUUUGUCUCACAGGCUUUGAAAUGCUGGGGUGUGUGAUAACGGGCAGUUUUUGAGACAUGGCUCAACUCACAUUGCCUUGGGAAAGUGUCUCUAGAGUACUGUUUGCCAGCAAUGUGGAGUGACCAUCUGGUGGCAUUGACUCUCUGAUCCACGUUUGUGCUCUGCUGCCCCACAGAGUUGAGACUUUCUCUAGACACCGCUUGUCCUGACACAGCCCUUCGCUCUCGGCAUCAUUUAGUCAGAGACGGGAGACUGUACUCUUACAUCCCUCAAAAUGGUACUUUGGCCAUUUUGAGACAUGUUUCUUCAUGUGCCCAGCCUUGUCCUUCCAUCGACAUCCGUGUUACAAUUGAUUACUAAAGGGUUCAAUAUAUGACAUAAUCUCAUCGCUGUCACCCUGUGAGUGAUUGCUGAACUUUAAAAUGCUGUAAAGUAUAUUUCUGUAUUGUAUAUAAUUUAUAGUGAAAAUUGUAGCAUUGCAUUAAACUGUAGAUAUGUUUUAUAAUGCUA